AUGUCGAGGGUGGAGGCUUUUGCAGACUUUCGCUCGCUGCUCAAGGAGCUGCGAACUGACAUCGCCAUGGCAGUGGACGAUCCCUUCCCUCUGGUGUACGGUUUGGCAGACAAGAAUAUCAUCACAGAGCAACUGCUGAAGGACACUCUGGAAAGGGAGCGUAAGGAAGGAAUCCACAAGGCCAUGUACUUUGUGCUCUCGUGGCUUCUGGGGCAGAGCAGAUCCACCAUCCAGGCCUUCUGGAGCUACCUGAGCAAAGACUACAACCAGGACAGCUACCCCAAACUCCAGACGCUUCUCUCCAACCUGCAAGCAAAUAAAUCAGUAGGAAGGUCAUCUGGAGGUCAUUCAGCAUCUCACAGCAAGAAGAGGAGCCACAAGGACAGAGAGAGGAACUCCCAUCAGCAGCUACAACAAUAUCAAGCAAAGAAAAGUGAACAAGGGUCGUCUUUGCCUGCGGGCCCCUCUGGUGAGUUGACCCUUACGUGUGAGUCCAGAGGGAAAAUAAAGAAGGAAUUUGGCCCUGAUGGUGUUCUGAAAGUAGGUGACAAGCUGUUCACUGCUGUCAAGUCUCAGAAGACGCCUGCGUCACACUCCAAUAAGGCGAUGGCAACGUUCCGCCACAAGGGGGAGACAACCGCCAGCACCACAGAGGUCCAUGCCAACGACGACGAGUGCGCAGUGUGCAAGGAUGGAGGGGAGCUGAUUUGUUGUGACGCCUGUCCGCGGGCCUUUCACCUCAGCUGCCUGGACCCUCCUCUCACAUCCAUACCCAGUGGACCGUGGACGUGUGACAGAUGCUGCAGACCAACAGUUAAAGUGGAGGAAGUCCAGGAGCCUUUAAAUCAGACUAACAUCUCCAUCCAGGAAGUGUCUGUGCUGUCGUCUUCUCUUGAUGUCCCAGCGCCUCCUACCAAGUCCAGCGCGAAUCAGCCCUCAGGACAAGAGAUGGUCACAGUGCAGGAGGUGUGUGUUGUUUGUGAGCGUGGAGGCGGUGACCUGAGCCGGUGUGUUCAGUGUCUGAAGAUUUACCAUGGUCACUGCACCUUCAGCAGAGUAAGAUCCACCUGCUGGUCCUGCUGCAGUUCUCACAGCAAUGAGUCCGAGUCUGGACCCCCACAGCUUAGCUCUGCAGGUAUGAACCUGAAAGGGGAUGAAGAGGUGAUGUCAGAGAGCAUCCUCCAUAAAGAGGAACUGGACUCCAUCCUGGGAGAAGUGAGUAGUUUCAUUGACGGGGUCUUCCAGUGGGCCUUCCACAACAUCUCACGGCCACCUCCAGACUCUAAGGACUGCCUCCAAUGAUUAACAGUUCCCCAGCUGACUGACAAGCCUUCCACAGCUACCCUUGUGCGCCCUCCGCCACCAGAACCCUCAGUGUUUCUUACACUUCUUCGCUGAUGAACAUAAGCCGAUAAAAAUCAUUAUGUUUCUA